AUGGUCUUCAUGGGAAUCUUUAACCUAUUUCAACUAUCAGCCCAACUACUUUACUGUGUCUAUGUUCUCAAUUGUACGUUAAACCAAAAACAAGAAUCGUCAUGGUUAGAUAUGGUAAGUUGAUGUACUUCUAUAACCAUAUGUCAAAGACAAAAAAUUAAUACUGUAAUACGUAUGAAAAGCCAUAAUAUUACCGUUUAGAUAAUCGGAGCGUUCAGCAGUAUAUACUUCAACAUGGCAGAGUACUAUAACUGUGUACUAGCUUUGAACCGGUUGAUUACCUUCGUAUCUUACCGUCGAUCUAUUGUAGACAAAGUGGAGAUCGUUCAAAAAGUAAGAUAAAGAAAGUUACUGAUAACGCAACGUCAAAUAUGAUUAUUGUCAAACGCAAUCUUAACAAAAUCACCUUCCAGAUACUGAAUAUCUUCAUCUUCCUAUCUGCCAUACCUUUUUAUGCCUACCAUAUGGUACCAGGCUGUCAUUCUUUCUACAGUCCGUUCCUGUGGGAAGUCCCUGAUCCUUGUGAAUACUGGGACGUCUUCGACUUCUACACUACACGAAUCGCAGAAGUUCUGUUCCUCAAUCUUCUCAUAUACCUGACCAUGCUACUGAGAAUGAUUUACCUACGGGUUACUGUAUUGAAUCAGCAAGUUAGCGGUUUGAACUACCAAGAAAGAAGGAUCGCCUUCAUCGCCAUCAUUCAGUUUCUGAAUUCUGGAGUAGCCACCUUCUACAACCGAGUAUUCCCCGACUACUACAACUAUACGUCCGCUGGGAGAUUGAUCUUCAGGUUCCUUUUGAAUUGGAUGAGUUUGUGCAACGUCUACUCUGUCUUUUUGUUAAUCAGGUAAUGGAAAAGUAAAUCUUUACUUUACAAUAAGUAAAAUUACUGUAAUAUAAAACGAAACUUUAAAUUACAGACAAUAAUCCUACUACUAUUCCAGUUCCAUCAGAAGUCGCCUAACAAGCUUCACAUCAUCCAAAAACAACAACAGCCAAAUCUCGACAUUGCAAUCGACACAGUCCAGAGGUAUUCCAGUCUUUGUUUCUUAAAUUCAUAUCCAGAUUUCGACGCAAUCGAAAGUGCCUUCUAACCUACUACGCUGAGCGUGUUACGAAUAUGUUAUGCAUGUUUUACCCGGGUCACUGCUUACUCACUCUGCGAGCCCUGAAGAUCAAAGAAAGCCCAUCUCGCCUCGAGGUCAGUUCGAGAGCCUCUUUUUAUAAACAAUUCACAUGA